GAGAAGGAGAAGGAGGAGCUGGAGCGGCUGCAGAAGGAGGAGGAGGAGAGGAAGAGGCGCCUGCAGCUCUACGUCUUCGUCAUGCGCUGCAUCGCCUACCCCUUCAACGCCAAGCAGCCCACCGACAUGGCCCGGCGGCAGCAGAAGAUAAGCAAACAGCAACUCCAGACAAUCAAGGAUCGAUUCCAGGCCUUUCUCAAUGGAGAAACACAAAUUGUGGCGGAUGAAGCCUUUAUAAAUGCGGUGCAGAGUUACUACGAGGUGUUUCUGAAGAGCGACCGGGUGGCCAGGAUGGUGCAAAGCGGAGGGUGCUCCGCCAGCGACUCGCGGGAAGUCUUCAAGAAGCACAUCGAGAAAAGGGUACGCAGCCUGCCGGAGAUCGACGGCUUGAGCAAGGAGACCGUGCUCAGCUCCUGGAUGGCGAAGUUCGAUGCCAUUUACCGCGGCGAGGAGGACCCCCGCAAGCAGCAGGCCCGGAUGACAGCGAGCGCGGCCUCGGAGCUGAUCCUCAGCAAGGAGCAGCUCUACGAAAUGUUCCAGAAUAUCCUGGGCAUCAAGAAGUUUGAGCACCAGCUUCUGUAUAACGCGUGCCAGCUGGAUAAUCCAGACGAGCAAGCAGCACAAAUUCGGCGUGAGUUAGAUGGGCGUCUUCAAAUGGCAGAGCAAAUCGCCAAGGAACGCAAGUUUCCAAAAUUUGUAUCCAAAGAAAUGGAAAACAUGUACAUUGAGGAGCUGAAGUCAUCCGUCAACCUGCUGAUGGCCAAUUUGGAAAGCAUGCCCGUCUCCAAAGGAGGCUCGGAGUUCAAGUUGCAGAAGCUGAAACGUAGCCACAACACCUCCAUCAUCGACAUGGGAGAAGAAAACGAAAACCAGCUUUCCAAGUCGGAUGUUGUGCUCUCUUUCUCCUUGGAGGUCGUCAUCAUGGAAGUGCAGGGCCUGAAGUCCUUGGCUCCGAACCGCAUUGUUUAUUGCACUAUGGAAGUCGAAGGUGGGGAGAAACUGCAGACCGACCAGGCUGAAGCAUCCAAGCCCACCUGGGGCACUCAAGGUGACUUCAACACGACGCACGCGCUUCCCGCGGUGAAGGUGAAGCUGUUCACGGAGAGCACCGGCGUGCUGGCUCUAGAGGACAAAGAGCUUGGGCGGGUGGUUCUUCACCCGACGCCCAACAGCCCCAAACAGUCCGAGUGGCACAAAAUGACUGUUUCCAAAAACUGCCCGGACCAAGACCUAAAGAUCAAGCUCGCAGUCCGAAUGGACAAACCCCAGAACAUGAAGCAUUCUGGAUACUUGUGGGCCAUUGGUAAAAAUGUCUGGAAGAGAUGGAAGAAAAGGUUCUUUGUGCUGGUCCAGGUGAGUCAAUAUACAUUUGCUAUGUGCAGCUACCGGGAGAAAAAGGCUGAACCUCAAGAACUGCUGCAGCUUGACGGAUACACGGUGGACUACACUGACCCCCAGCCAGGCUUGGAGGGUGGCCGAGCAUUUUUCAAUGCCGUGAAGGAAGGCGACACGGUGAUCUUUGCCAGCGACGAUGAGCAGGACCGCAUCCUCUGGGUGCAGGCCAUGUACCGGGCCACCGGCCAGUCCCACAAACCGGUGCCACCCACCCAGGUCCAGAAACUUAAUGCCAAGGGAGGAAACGUGCCCCAGCUGGACGCGCCGAUCUCGCAAUUCUAUGCAGAUAGAGCUCAAAAGCAUGGCAUGGAUGAAUUUAUCUCUUCCAACCCCUGUAACUUUGACCACGCUUCACUCUUUGAGAUGGUUCAGCGCCUCACUUUGGACCACAGACUUAAUGAUUCCUAUUCUUGUCUGGGCUGGUUCAGUCCUGGCCAGGUAUUUGUGCUAGAUGAGUAUUGUGCACGUAAUGGAGUCAGAGGCUGUCACAGACAUCUCUGCUACCUCCGAGAUUUACUUGAACGCGCAGAGAACGGAGCUAUGAUUGAUCCCACCUUGCUUCACUACAGCUUUGCCUUUUGUGCAUCCCAUGUUCAUGGCAACAGGCCUGAUGGAAUAGGAACCGUAACAGUAGACGAGAAGGAACGUUUUGAAGAAAUCAAGGAAAGGCUCCGUUUACUCCUGGAGAAUCAAAUCACACAUUUUAGGUAUUGCUUUCCGUUUGGCCGACCAGAAGGUGCAUUAAAAGCUACCCUCUCGCUACUGGAAAGGGUCCUUAUGAAAGACAUAGUUACUCCAGUUCCUCAAGAGGAGGUAAAAACAGUCAUCCGUAGAUGCUUGGAGCAGGCAGCUUUAGUCAACUAUACUCGACUAUCAGAGUAUGCCAAAAUUGAAGAAAAUGUAGGCCGGUUAGUCACACCUGCCAAAAAGCUAGAAGACACAAUCCGUCUGGCAGAGCUGGUAAUUGAAGUCCUGCAGCAGAACGAAGAACACCAUGCAGAGGCCUUUGCUUGGUGGUCAGACUUAAUGGUUGAACACGCGGAAACCUUCCUGUCACUGUUUGCAGUGGAUAUGGAUGCUGCCUUAGAGGUGCAACCCCCAGACACGUGGGACAGCUUUCCACUAUUUCAGCUUCUAAAUGAUUUCCUCCGUAGUGACUAUAAUUUGUGCAAUGGAAAAUUCCACAAACACCUUCAAGACCUGUUUGCUCCACUUGUUGUUAGAUAUGUCGAUCUGAUGGAGUCCUCAAUUGCACAAUCAAUUCACAGGGGCUUUGAGCGGGAAUCAUGGGAGCCAGUAAAGAGUUUAACAAGUAAUCUGCCCAAUGUGAAUCUACCCAAUGUGAAUCUCCCUAAAGUUCCAAACCUACCAGUUAACAUCCCACUAGGCAUCCCACAAAUGCCUAGCUUUUCUGCACCGUCAUGGAUGGCUGCUAUAUAUGAUUCUGACAAUGGGUCAGGAACCUCUGAAGAUCUGUUUUGGAAACUUGAUGCCCUACAGACCUUCAUUCGGGAUUUACACUGGCCCGAGGAAGAAUUUGGAAAACAUCUCGAGCAGCGUCUGAAGCUCAUGGCAAGUGACAUGAUUGAAUCUUGUGUCAAGAGAACCAGGAUUGCAUUUGAAGUAAAGCUGCAAAAAACCAGUCGAUCAACAGAUUUCCGAGUCCCUCAGUCAAUAUGCACCAUGUUUAAUGUUAUGGUCGAUGCCAAAGCUCAGUCAACAAAGCUUUGCAGUAUGGAAAUGGGCCAAGAGCACCAGUACCAUUCAAAAAUAGAUGAACUAAUUGAGGAAACCGUCAAAGAAAUGAUAACACUCUUAGUGGCAAAGUUCGUCACCAUUCUGGAAGGAGUCCUGGCCAAGCUGUCCAGAUACGAUGAAGGGACUUUGUUUUCCUCUUUCCUGUCGUUUACUGUGAAGGCAGCUUCCAAAUACGUGGACGUACCCAAGCCGGGGAUGGAUGUUGCCGAUGCCUAUGUGACAUUUGUUCGCCACUCUCAGGAUGUGCUGCGUGAUAAGGUCAAUGAGGAGAUGUAUAUAGAAAGGUUAUUUGAUCAAUGGUACACCAGCUCAAUGAAUGUCAUGUGCACCUGGCUGACGGACCGCAUGGACCUGCAGCUUCACAUUUACCAACUGAAAACCCUUAUUAGGAUAGUAAAGAAAAACUAUAGAGAUUUCCGAUUGCAAGGGGUACUGGACUCCACCUUAAACAGCAAAACCUAUGACACAGUGCGAAACCGGCUGACUGUAGAAGAAGCCACAGCUUCCGUUAGCGAAGGUGGAGGUCUUCAGGGCAUAACGAUGAAGGACAGUGACGAAGAAGACGAAGAGGAUGAUUAGCUAAUGUGGUUUAGAGGCCCACUUGGUGAUAGCCUGGUAACCAGUGCAUGUACCUAGUCUGUUAUUCAGUUAGCCACAUUAGGAACUUUUCUGUCCGCUCUAAAUGCCCAUGAGAAGUUGACCGAUACAAAUGCCAUUUUAGCUGUGUGGUAAUAAGAUUAGCACCUCUCUUUGAUUCAUUGGUUUCCUAAUUUCAUAUCUAUAUGUUCAUAAGCAAUAUGGAGCACCAUUGUUUAAUACUGUUAAUGGAAAACUACAUAGAAAAACACGCUAGGUGUGUCCCUGUUACAAUUCAAGUUUAAACGACGCGUCAUUAAUGUACUGUAUAUACACUGAUGGUAAACUUUUGUGAAGAUGAGUGAACUGAGUCUUUUCAUUUCUUUGUUUCUCUCCUGUGGAUGCCAACUGCUUAAAAUUAAUAAAAACAGCUAUGUUUUUAAAAGAAAAGUCAGGCUGCUACCAAGGAGUUUUUUUUUUGUUCUCUCUGUUCAUUAAAAAACAAAGCAAAACAAAAAAAGAAACCGGCCGUUUGACUCGUGCUGCCUCCCUGUUUAAUAAACCAGGCAUUUGCCUUGAACGUGCAGCUAACUCCGGAGAGGUUGCAUCCCAAUGGGUUAGUGAUUCUGACUGCUCCGGCAGAUUCAUCCUAUCCUCAUGGGUACAUCAUGCCACGGUACGCCCCACAGAAGUUGUUCUAUGUUGCUGACUGCCCCCCC